AUGGCCGCCGAGAGGGAGAGCGUCACAUCCGCGCUGCUGGGCGCGCGGGACCCGAGGGUUACUUCUCCCCGUGGCAUCUCCCUGCGGCUGGCGCCCAAGAAGGCGCUGCUGACGUCGUCCUCCUCCGGGGGGCGGGCUGCGGCCUCGCCAGCGGCGAGUGGCGGGGUUCCUGGUGUGGCCGCAGAUCCCCCCACGGGGGUGGCCCCUGCGGAGUCAGCUGUCGGAGCGGCGGCGGCGUCAGCCGCAGGAGGGGGGGCGGACUCCACUCCGCCCGCGGCCCCGCCGAUCGCCCCCUUGGCCCAGGGCGUGAUCCCCCCGGGCCCGCAGGUCGGGGAGGUGAUCGACCUCGACGCCGACGAGGCGGAGGAGGCGGUGAUGACAGGAGGCAGGGCGGAUGCCCCCGCUGCCAUGGCGGGAUCAGAGGCAGAGGGAGCGCUUGCUCCCGAGGACGCGGCGGCGGCAGAGGCAGCGGUGCCGGAGGCCGAGGUCUCCGCCCCGGUCGCUCCCGCGGGAGUGACUCUGGCGGCCGAGACGGAGGUGCCCACAGGGGUGCCGUUGGCGGCCUCGGCGGCGACGAGCGUGCAGUCGCCGGGGCCGUCGGCGGAUCCAGUGGUUUCCGGCGUCUUGAUGCCGGCCUCGACGGCGACGUCAGAGUCGGCCUCUGUCCCACCCUCGGCUUCCUCCGUCCCGGGGGCGUGGAGAGGGCCCGUCCUCCGCUGGACAUCCCGCGACGACCCGCCGAGGCGCCUCUACGCGCUGGAUGACGCCGCCGAGUGGCAUAGGUGGCAGGCGAUGCACGGCGGCGUCGCCCAAGUUCAGGCGGCUCUGACCUCGGCGCUGGGAGUUUUGGCCAACGCCGUGGUCCCUGGCAGCCAGGCUCUCCAAGAGGGCAGCCGGGAGAAAUCUGAUUUCCUCCGGUGGCAGCGGAACCUCUGGGAGCACUUCAACACUGAGAGGGAGCGCACCAGGGAUCUGACCCUGCAGCUUGGCGCCGCCCAGGGGGCCGUCCGUGACCUGGAGGGGCGUGAGCAGGCGGCGUUAGAGGGGGCGCGGCGUGCCGAGGUUCGCACAUCUCGGGUGCAGAGGCUGUUGACAGGAAAGGAGUGGAUCUUGGAGCUAAUACACCAAGAUCUACACGGGAGGAGAGUGAGGGGGAAAACUCACAUAUGCUGGCCGAGGAGGAAGAGGAUCUUGUCGAAACAGAUCGAGAUGGCGGAGCUGCUCCUGGACAGGGACGAGGACGCGGAGGGGGGCGACAGCGCCUGGACAGGGACGCGGAGGGGCGGCAGCGCUUGGUCGCUGGUCGAGGUGGUGUCGGUGUAG